AUGAAUACUGCCACCACCUCUGCAGAAGCUAUCAAGCUCGAAAUUGAACGUCUCAAAGGUGCGAUCAAUCGUGCAAAGACCGGAGGACCGGUCGCGCGUCCUGCAGUCCCAGCGACCAACGCUACACGACCUCGAGGCAACGUUUAUGUUAACCCCAAUUACAAGCCCCCUUCCCAAGCCGUCCGGCCCCCAGUAUCCGCCAUCCCAUCAUCCCGACCGGCCUCUCGCCCAACUCCUAGCCUACCUCAAGAAACGCGCGAUGUCGUUAUCGACGGUAUCGCCUUCGAGUCAUCGGGGCGAACACUAGUACGCAAAGACCUGCCCAAACCUGCCAAGCCGGCUUCCGCCACUAUGACAAGACCUGUGACGCGGCCACCAGCUCCACACCCGGCGUUCAUGAGGAACAAAGCGGGCACGCUCAUGACCGGCCCUCGAACAUACAAGCCCAAGACCUCCGCGAGGGGACGUGCCAUGAAUCGCAACAUGACCCUCAAUAAUAAUCGGAGGCCAUACCAGUCUCGUCGUCUCGCGGCCAAAAAAGCCAAAUACUCAGACAAGCCUUGCCCGCGCUUCACCUCGACAGGUUCCUGCAACCGGGGCCUUACGUGCAUGUACCAGCACGACCCGAACAAGAUCGCUAUCUGCUGGCCUUUCCUCCAAGGCAACUGCCCACACACCGCUGAGACGUGCGCGCUCUCGCACGACCCUACGCCCCAGCGCACGCCACUGUGCGUGCACUUCGCCAACAACGGCCGCUGCACGCGCGCGAACUGCCUCUACCCGCACGUGCAUGUAGGUGCGCGCGAGGGCAUCUGCCGCGACUUCGCCGUGCUCGGGUACUGCGAGAAGGGCCUCGAUUGCGACAAGCAGCACGUUCGCGAGUGCCCCGACUUUGCGGAGAAGGGCCAGUGCACGAUCAAGGGGUGCAAGCUCCCGCACGUCAUCCGCGCGAACCGCGGUCGCAAGGCUCCUUCCUCCACUGUCCAACCCCCUGCCUCGACUUCUACUGGGUCCUCAUCGACUGCAACACCCUCGACGGCUGGCUCUUCUUCGGCCAACUCAGAUACUGUUGAUGAUACUCAUAGUGCGUCUAGCUCUCGUCAGAUCACAGCAGAAGACGGCCAGCUCGGAGAUGAGUUUAUCUCUCUCACCUUCCACGAGAGUGAGAGUGAGGAAAGUGACGACGAUGAGGAGGAUGAGGAGGAAGAAGAGGACGACAUGGACGAGGUUGAAGAGGGCCAGGAGCCCCAUAGCGAUGAUGACGACGCCAUAGAUGUUCACGCGUAG